AGAGAGAGAGAGAGAGGGGACGAGUGAAAGAGGAGGAGAAGAAAGAGAGAGAGAGAUAGAGAAAGAGUAUUCCCUCCAUCCUUCUUCCACUCCAGAGCAGAGACACAAACAGCAUCACAGCAGCAUCUGUCUUUCUCUCUGUCUCUCUCUCUCUCUCUCUCUCUCCCUUUUUCUUUCUCUUUCUCUCUCGAUCAGUCAAGCAUUUGUGUUGAUCGCAGAGCUGCAGGCACAGAGGCGAUGGCCGAGGUGGUAGAUCUCCUCUGCACACCCCAUAACGUCCAAAUCAGUGACGUGACCUGUGACUCGUUCCGUGUUGCCUGGGAGAUGACCCCGGAGGAUGCGGGACGCGUGACGCACUACUUCAUCGACCUGAGCCGCAAAACUGGAGGAGAGAGGAACCGCUUCAAACACAGAGAUGUUCCCACUAAGCUGGUGGCCAAGGCCGUGCCGUUGCCGAUGGCUGUGAGAGGUCACUGGUUCCUGAGCCCUCGUACCGAGUACUGUGUGGCCGUACAGACCGCCAUCCGCCAGCCUGAUGGAGACUACCAGGUGUCUGAGUGGAGUCAGGUGGUGGAGUUCUGCACUGGGGAUUAUGCUGUAGAUCAUCUGCAGCAGCUGCUGGAUAAAGCUCGGGGUGUAGCGGGGAGGCUGCUGCGCUUCUCUGUGUUUUACCGCAACCAGCACCCCGAAUACUUCCACUAUGUCAGAACGGAAUGUGGAGGUUUAAUGCCCCCGUCUCUGAAAGACAACAGCGGCAGCCACGGCUCGCCCAUCAACGGAAAGCUCCACGGCGUCUUCCUGAGCUGCAACACCGAGUUCGACACGGGCCUCCCUCCUAAAGACUCGCCCUACGGCCCCCUGCGCUUCCAGAUCUCCGCCGCGCUCCUCCUGAAGCCCGAGACGCACCUCUACUUCGCAGAUUUCUACUGCAUGUAUACGGCGUAUCACUACGUCGUCUUGGUGCUGGCCCCUGUCGGCUCGGAGGGCGAUCGCUUCUGCGAAGGGCGACUCCCUCUGCUGGACCUCGCGUCCAAUCCUUUCCUGACGUGCGUCCCCGGGGAGGAACCGACGUUCUGUCACGCCAGUGACGUCAUCCUGGAGGUUCUGUACACAGAAGCGCUGCCCUUGGAUCAAGGCACGGUGGCGCAGAUCAGCGGCCAUCACCAGCUCAUGAGCCUCUCCACGGCCAACGCCAAGAAGGACCCGAGCUGCAAAGUGUGUAACAUCAGCGUCGGACGCUGAGACACUGAGUCCGGACUGAACUGGCGCAAUAUUUUUAAUGCGACAGUCUGCAUCUAGAACUGUGCUUUAGAAAAGAAAGUGACGAAUCUCAGCAGUGUUAUGAAGAUUAUUUUCAAAAUGUUUUGGAUGGAAAAAUUAGCACGUCCUGAUUAUUACAUUUAUAUUUAUUUAAUAUGAUUUAGGCAUCACCAAGCCAAAAUGAUUUUAGUAUUAAUAUAAAUAUGAAAGCCAUAAAAUGCACAUACUGCCAAAUCAGUAACGAUGAAGGAUCUCUAUAUCGGUGAUGUCUAUAGGGAUCGGUGCUACCUACUAAAGUUACCAAAAUACAGCUGAAUGCAAAAGUUUGUACUCCCUUAGGACAAAAUGAAAUUAAUUUUUUGUCCAACAAGACAUUCAGCAUGUUUGAUUUCACCGAUAUCGCCAAAAAACUGUAAAGAAAUGGGCAAACUGUUUAUCGUAAGGAAAAAAAUCAUAAUAAUGACAGUUCUAAAGUUUGAAUUAUCUCCAUCAUAUCCUCUGCACUGCUUGUGAAUGUUGUUAUAAUAAUAAUAACCGUUUUUUUCCCCCUAACAUCUCUGUAAUAUAUCAUACACUGCCUUCAAUUUUUCAAAACUUGUUUCAUUUCAAAUCGUUUUACUCUUAUCUUCUGUUUCAGAUCGUUGUGUUGUUUCAGGAUACACCCACAUUUUAUUUUUAAUUAACUUCUUGUGAAUCUCUUUAUUUCCCUGUACAUAAAUCAUAAAACAGAGGUUCACUUUGUUUUUUUGUUUUUCUCCCACAAACCACUGGCA